AUGACGUUUGUAACAUUACUAGUGUUGCUCACAUCUUUUAUUAUUCUUCAUGCGCAAUAUUUUGUAUACAAUUCGGAUGAUCGAUAUGAAAUUAAUGCAACAUUUGAUUGUUUAUAUGCAUAUUCAGGAGAUACAUUAGCAGAUACAACACUUCUGUCUAGUCAUGAUUACAGUUUAAUUCCUUAUUGUCGACGACUUGAUGGAACUGAAAAAGAAGAAGAAAAUUUCUCUACCAUACCGUACAAAAACAUUUUAAAUAGCAUGACGUUUGCUGAGUUAUAUCGACAAGGUGUAACAAGUAGGGAAUUACUCAAAUGGUCAGUACCAAUUGAUAUUAUCGAACGAUAUGACAGAACUGGCCAGAACUCGAAUGAAAUAUUUCACAAUUGUUCAUUACCAUGGUUUGGUUCGAUAUGUCAAUAUAGAUUUCAAUCUACUGUACUACCUUCAUUUAAUAAAGUUUUUCAAUUUCAUUAUGAUAUUAAUGAUAUAGCUGAAAUAUACAUCUAUUCAAAUACAUGUUAUCCAUUUUUACCUGACUGUUAUCGUGGUCCAUCACCGAUGUGUCUUGAUUGGCAUGAAAUUUGUGAUGGAUAUUUUGAUUGUCUCUAUGGGGAAGAUGAGCAAUUAUGCGACACAUUAGAAGUGAAUGAAUGUUUUGAAGAUGAUUUUCGUUGUCAUUUCGGUGGACAGUGUAUUUCAUCUACAUUUCUUCGUGAUGGAAAAACAAGUACUGAUUGUCUUGACGGUUCAGACGAAGUCUACCCAGCAAAAUACUCCAGAUACGUAACUGACCAUCUAUGUACAAGCGUAUCAACAUUUCAGUGUGAAGAACUCAAUGAUCGACGUCCUCUUGUAUUAUUUCCAUGUCGUAAUUUUCCUAGUCCCUCCUUUUGGACAGAAUCUACGACAAACAGCCGUGACAUCUGCGAUGCAAAUCGAUAUUAUUAUAUGUUUUUUAAUGUUUUCACUUCGUUAGACCACAUUUCAAACAUAUCCUGUAGACAAGCAUUCUAUUGUUCACUUCGUUUCUCUACUAUUAUUCACUUUAAAUAUAAUGACACAAGCAAUACUGGUUGCGAAUUUCUUGGUAAUCAUUGUCCGUCGGAAUGGCUUCUGUUACCCAAAUCUCCUUUCAUAUAUGGCUUGUUUCAAUUUGUUUAUUUAACAAAUCGAUCCGUCGAUGAGUUCAAACAUAAUAUCGCACCUGAUUUUAUCUGUUUUAAUGCAAGUCAUUGUCCUGGACUAAUACAUUGUUCAAUAAAUAUUGGUAUGUAUAACGGGCUCAUAUGUUGUAAAAUGCAAGAUCUAAUAAAUAAAACAUUAUUAGUUUGGUAUCUGUUAGAUCAAAUUUUGAUUGAUCUUGGUCAACGUUGUUUAACAAUUGGUACAGAUAAAACAUGUUCACAUUCAUCCUUAUUUCAUUGUUCAAAUUCAUCAAAAUGCAUUUCAAAACAUCGAUUAGUUGAUGGCUAUAAUGAUUGUUAUUUCAAAGAAGAUGAAUUAUUUUCUGCUUGUCAAUUAAAUGAUUCAAAACGUUUUAAAUGUGCAUCUAAUUCAGAAAAAUGUUUAUCAUUAGUUGCUAUUGAAAAUGGAAUCAAAGAUUGUGAACUUGGAGAUGAUGAAUGGCCAGAAGAUCGACGAGAUAUUCAAAGAAAUCCUGUACCCUUUGCAAUAUUUUGUGAUGGAGAAAAGGAUUUAUUCUCAAUGGAUGAAUUCAAUAAUACAGAUGAAACUAAUUGUGCAUGGUGGCCAUGUAAUAAUCCAUACUCUCGAUGUGAUAAUGCUUGGCAUUGCUUCAAUGGUGCGGAUGAACUAAACUGUCCAGAUGCAAAAUGUCUAUUAAACGAACACUUAUGUGUGCCUGCUUUUUCUGAGAGACCGAGUAUCUGUGUGUUAUAUCUCCAUUUAAUGGAGAAACGUUGGAAAUCUGUAACAGAAAUACUUCGUUACGUCUAUUUUGCUAAUAAUACCGUUAUUGAUUUAAACGAUCACUUUUUUUGGAACGAAACAAAAUGUAUUACUUCAGAACACCUAAUUAAUCCUCCAUCAAAUUCAACAAUGGUCCAUGAUGAUAAUUGUUUUAUACAAACCAAAAUAGCUUCGCCGUUUAAAUUUGUCACUCUUCUGAUGUAUAAUCGUGACAGGUACAGACUCACAGACCCAGAUAAAUUCAAACGAAAACCGAAACAAUUUCUCCAAACAUUUCGAUUGAACUAUUUUCCAUCAUCUUCUAUUAAUUCCUCGGUUCUCCAAGUAUCUCAAGUAGAUGUAAAUACAAGUACUCCGAUGAAAAAUCGAACAAGAGAUUGGUAUUGUAAUCGAGGAAUUCCUCUUCUAUUCAAAAAUAAUCAAACUAAAAAAUGUCUUUGUCCUCCAUCUUAUUUUGGUAAUCGAUGUCACUUACAAAAUCAACGUAUUAGUUUAACACUACAACUAAUUUAUCGUACAAUUACAGAUAAUAUUCAUUCUUUUCAAUUAGUAAUCAUGCUCAUCGAUCAUCAACAAACAAUUUAUCCUUAUCAUGAACAAAUUACAUACAUACCUCAACGUGAUUGUCAAAAGAAAUUUCAUAUUUAUUUACUUUAUCCUCAUCGACCCAAAAAUCUUUCAGCUAAUUAUUCAAUACGUAUUGAUAUUUUUAAUAAAAUUACAUUAACAUAUUGGGCAAGUUGGCAUCUAUCCAUUCCUUUUCAAUUUCUACCUGUUAAUCGAAUUGCUACACAAUUAUUUAUUCCACCUACUACUACUACACAACAACAAGUCGAAUCUUCAUGCAAAUUACCUUGUGGAAAAUAUGGUCGAUGUAUGAAAUAUGUUAAUAACAAUUCCUCAUAUUUUUGUCAAUGUGAUCAAGGUUAUUCUGGUCGACAAUGUUAUUAUAAACAUUCUUGUUCUUGUUCAUCAGAUUCAUUUUGUCUUACUUCAUCUAUUUGUCUAUGUUCAAUGAACAAAUUUGGUCGAAAUUGUUCUCUAACACGUUCAGUUUGUCAAUCAUCAAAUAAUUCAUGUCAAAAUAAUGGAUUAUGUAUACCAGUUAAUGAUCGUAUCAACAUCAAUGAUUUUAUUUGUUUAUGUAAAGAUAAUUUCUAUGGAAAAAGAUGUGAAAAUCAGAUUACAGAUGGAAUUUUUAUUGAAUUAAAUGAAGAUAUAAUUCAACAAGUUUCAAUUGUAUUUAUUCAUUUCAUCAAAGCAUUUGAUCAUUCGGAACAACAACAUAUAACACAAAUAAGAAAAAUCAAAUAUGGAGAAAAUACUUUACAAAUUCAUGUAAAACAACAAUUUCAUCUUCUUUUUAUUGAACUCUCAGAAGAAAAUUAUUAUUUAAUUAUUCGACAAGAGAAUUUCCAAAAACUAAAUCAUAUUCACAUGAAAUUAUCAUCAAAUCAACGAUGUGUUUCCAUACAUGAAUUAAUCAAUUCUACUUUACAAUCUUAUUCUUAUCUUCAUCGUAUCAAAUAUUAUCCUCUUUUAUGUCGACAAUACAAACAAUUAAUGUGUUUUUAUGAUGAAACAUAUAUGUGUCUAUGUGAUCUUGAUCGAUUUUCAAAUUGUUUUAUUUUUAAUCAUUCAGUGACUUAUGAUUGUCAAGGAAAUAAUUAUUGUGAAAAUCAUGGUCGAUGCUUUCAAGAUGAUCCCAAAUGUUCUUCUAUACCAUUAUGCAUAUGUUCUGAUUGUUAUUAUGGUUUAAGAUGUCAAUUUACUACCAAAGGUUUUGUUUUAUCACUUGAUUAUAUUCUUAGUUAUCAUAUUAAACCAAAUCGUUCUUUUUCUCAACAACCCAUGAUUAUCAAAAUUAGUAUAGCCAUUAUCACACUUAUGUUGAUUUUAGGAUUAAUUAAUGGAAUUACAUCAAUAUUAACAUUUCAUAUGAAGAGAACAAGAAAUGUAGGUCGUGGUUAUUAUCUUUUACUAUCUUCUUGGACAUCAAUAUGUUUAAUUAUUAUGUUAACAAUUAAAUUUUGGGAAUUAUUAUUAUCACAAAUGACAAUUCAUACUAAUCGAUCAUUUCUCAAUAUUAAUUGUCUCUUAUUAGAUAUCACUAUUAAAGUUCUUAUAGCAUUUAAUGAUUGGCUUAAUACAUGUGUUUCUAUUGAACAAGUUAUAAAUAUUAGAAAAGGUGUUCGGUUCGACAGAACUAAAAGUAAACAAAUAUCUAAAUGGGUUAUAUUAAGUAUUCUAAGUUUUACAAUCCUCACACAUCUUCAUGAUCCAUUUCAUCGUCAAUUAAUUGAUGAUAUUGAUAUUGAUGAAAAACGUAUUUGGUGUAUUGUACAAUAUUCGUCUUCAAUUGGUACAUUUAAUUCAUUUAUUAUAUUCAUUCAUUUUCUAAUGCCUUUUUUAAUUAAUUUAUUCAGUAUAAUCUUUAUUAUUAUAUCAAUUGCUAAUUUUCAUUCAACUCAAGAGAGAAGAUUACCACUCAUCGAACAUAUACGAUUACAAUUAAAACAACACAAAUCUCGUCUUAUGGCAUCAGUUGUAUUUGUAUUAUUAGCAUUAGCACGAUUAAUCAUUUCAUUUACAAGUGGAUGUAUGAAAUCACCAAACAAUUCCUGGUUAUUUCUUUUUGCUUAUUUAAUAUCAUUUGUACCAUCAAUGAUGACAUUUAUUAUCUAUGUAUUACCAUCAAAAACGUAUAAAGAUGAAUUUAAUGCUAAUAUCAAACGAAAACUUCGACGAUUUCGUUCUUUAUUUUAA